UAUUGCUCUUAUCUUGAGCUGCAGAAGUGUGCGAUGCCACGCCUCACAUGGGAUGUAACACACUUGAGACCUGCUGGCCAACAUUGAUAUUUAAGUAAUGACAUUGAGCUUGUUUGUGUCUCCUCGCUGCUGUAACACUCUGUUCCCCAAAAUAAUAAGUGAAUAAUCAUGUCAAGAAGAAUAAUCAUCAUUCUCUUUGUGUUUCUACUGUGUGAGUCUUCAUUGACUGAAAACAACGAAUGCAAACCAAAGACAGACCACUGUAACCAAGAUAUUUUCAGUGGUAAUAAUAUAACAGAAAUUCCACAAUUCCUGAGACCAGGUGUGACAGAGGUUCACUUUCUGGAUAGCCCUAUUAAAACAAUCCCCAAAGCAGCCUUUGUUAAAAACCCCCAGCUUGAAAAGGUGUACUUUACAAACACUAAUACGACAUCUAUUGAGCCAGGAGCCUUUGAAGGUUUGGUAGACCUCAAGAAUAUUGAGAUCUCCAGCACUCAAUUAACAUCAAUCCCAGUGGGAGUCUUCAAGGACCUCAGCAACCUGGAUCAAAUUGUAUUAAAGUCUAAUAAGCUCCACAGUCUGGAGAAAGGCCUGUUUGAUGGCCUUAAAAAAGUAAGAUAUCUCCAGUUACAUAUGAACAAGAUUGAAUCGAUUGAAGAUGGGACCUUUGACGAUCUUGAGAGCCUUACAUCCCUCCAUUUAGCAAAAAACAAUCUCUCCUAUAUAUCUGCCAGCUGGUUCUCAAACCUAAACAAACUACAGACACUACGACUUUACGGGAAUCAGCUGACCACCAUUCCUGAAGAUAUUUUUCAGAAUUUGACAAACUUGAAGGAAAUUGCCUUGCAGGAAAACAAAAUAGCAGAAUUAUCGCCAAAUCUUAUUCCACAUAAAGCCAAACUAAAAAAACUGCAUUUGGAUAGUAAUGUUCUGACAGGUUUACCACCAGGAUUUCUUGUUGACUUUCCUCUGCUUGAAACAUUGACCCUUCAGAAGAAUAAACUGACGAGUCUACCACAAGUUCUUUUUGGAGAAAUGCCUAAAUUGACUGAGUUAAGCCUCAGUGAAAAUGAUCUCAGCACUCUUCCUAUUGGAGUAUUCAGCCCUCUGAAGAAACUUAGAAAACUAGAUCUGUCUAAAAAUCACUUUGUUACCUUGAAUGCUGAGUACUUUGAAGGACUUGAGAAGGUCAGGGUCCUGCAACUAGAGAACAACAAGAUAAAUUCACUGGAUGCAGGUGUGUUUGAAAAGCUACAAUCACUAACAACAAUCAACUUAGCUCACAACAACCUCGAGACGCUUCCCAAGGGGAUUUUUCAGCCUUUAACAAAGCUCAAGAAUAUCAAUCUUAGUAACAACCCUUGGCGCUGUGACUGUAAUCUGAUACAUCUUUACCUCCUCAUAAAGACUGAGUCUGAAAAAACUGUGCCCGAUGUGAUCUGUCAAUAUCCAGAGAAUCUACAUGGGGAGGAAUUGCAAUUACUAAGAGAGGAUCAACUAAUUUGCCCCACCCUUCCCUCCACAACCACUCCCAUGACAACUCCCACAACAUUCCCAACUACAGAACAAACAACCAUUCUUACUACUACACCAACUCUUCCUACAACACCAACUACCACUACACCUUCCACAACCACCACGCCCAUUACUACACUUCCAACUACCCCCAUCCUUACUACCACAGCACCAACAACCACUUUGCCAACUACAACUGCAACAACCAGCACUGUCUCCACCACACCACUAGCCACAACCACAACACCACCAACCACCACUGUGCCAACAACAACAUCUACAACCACUAUAAGCACAGCUAUAGCCACCACACCCUCAACUGCAUCAACCACCACUACAACAACUGUACCCACAAUCAUGAUAACAACAGCUACACCCACAACCACUUUAACAACAACUAUACCCACAACCACUAUAACAGCAACUACACCCACAACAACUUCACCCACAACCACUAUAACAACAACUACACCCACAACAACUUCACCCACAACCACUAUAACAGCAACUACACCCACAACAACUUCACCCACAACCCCUAUAACAGCAACUACACCCACAACAACUUCACCCACAACCACUAUAACAACAACUACACCCACAACAACUUCACCCACAACCACUUAA